AUGUACAGCAGGGGGGUAACAGGCCUGAGCGCCUUCAGUCGUGAGAGUAAUGAAAGAAGACAACGGAAAAGUAACAGAGUACAAGUAUGGGCAAGGAUUCGACCGACUGCAGAAUUUGCACACCAGUGUUUAGAGCUGAACCCAGAUUCUAAAAGCAUCAAUGUGCAUAUGAGAAAAGAUGGUCGUAAAGGAGUUGUCAAUAAUCAGAUUUUGGAUUGGUCGUUUAGACUGGAUGGUAUAUUUCAUAAUGCCAGUCAGGAUCAUGUUUACGGAAAUGUGGCUUCUGAACUUGUUACAUCGGCACUAGAUGGUUACAACGGAACGGUGAUGUGCUAUGGACAGACGGGCGCUGGAAAGACAUUCACGAUCACUGGUGCAACAGAGAACUACAAACAGCGGGGUAUUGUACCACGGGCUAUCUCUCAGCUCUUCAGGGAGAUCGAGGAGAGACCAGAAUAUGCCAUCACUGUUAGGGUAUCAUAUUUAGAAAUUUACAAUGAGAAUAUGUUUGACCUCCUGUCCACUCUCCCUGAGUCCUGGAACCAGGCUAAUCCUGAACAACAAAUGGUUGUUGUGGAAAAUCAAGAUGGUGUCUUUGUCAAGGGCUUGUCACAUCACAUAGCUCAGAAUGAAGAAGAAGCUCUGAACUUCUUAUUCGAGGGAGAAACGAACCGAGCCAUUUCAGCACAUUCCCUAAACAAGCAAUCUUCUCGUUCUCACUGUAUCUUUACUGUCUAUAUAGAGACACGAUCCAGAGUACAGUCCAAUGCAAGAUACACUGUCUCCAAGUUAAAUUUUGUGGAUCUUGCAGGUUCAGAACGUCUUGGAAAAACCAAGUCUGAAGGUAAGACACAACAAGAAGCCAUGUACAUCAACAAGUCCUUGACGUUCCUGGAGCAAGUGAUUGUUGCCUUGGCAGACCGUCGUCGUGAACACAUCCCAUUCCGUCAGUCAAAACUCACACACUGCCUCAAGGAUUCCAUUGGGGGAAGCUGUAACACUCUGCUGAUAGCAAAUGUUUGGGGAGAAUCACCUCAGCUGGAGGAAACAGUAUCAACAUUGCGGUUUGCCACCAGGAUGAUGUGUGUUGCGAGUGAGCCGUCCGUUAAUGAGGUCUAUGACCCAGCGGUAUUGGUUAAGAAACUACAGAGAGAGAUACUACAUCUGAAGAAUGAAUUAGCGAUGCAUGACACCCUGACAAACCGGACUCAGAUCACAUAUGAGCCUCUGUCAGAGCAACAGAGAUAUGAGAUACGGCAGCAAGUCAGGCGUUACUUGGAAGGUUCACUGGAAGAAAUUGACAUCGUAAACAUCAGACAAAUACAGGGAACUUUUGAAGGAUUCCGAGAUAUCUAUCUACAAAUGGAGAGAGAUGUAGAGGAGAGAUUAAGACAGAAAUUCACCCUUAUAGACAGGACUGACCCUGCUGCUAUAGCGGCAGCUCAACAGGCGGGUGUUGCUAUAACGGAUGAUGGCACAUUGGUGGGUGAGCCAGACGGUCAGGGAUUCGGUGUCGGAAUGGCUCCAAAAGUGGCUAAAGCUGAUCCCUCAUCUGUGGUUCAACUCAAAAAGAAAGAAAGGGAAAAGGACAGGAAGAGUCGCACUGGACGUGACACAAAAAGUCCGGUGGGAGGAAAGAGUAUUAGUAGUCCCUCACAGAGUGCCAAGGGAGAGAGGGACAUUAAGUCUCCACAUCCCUCAGAGCGUGAGAAGAGGGAUGACCGGGAUGGAGAAGUCCCAACCCCUACCAGCAUCUCAGGUGUGUCUCGGGCCGACAAGAUCCUCACGAGUACCCCACCCCCCAGGACCGAAGCAUUUGAGGAGUUCAAAGCUGACCGUGGCAGUGAGAUCAACAGGGUACUAACAGAAAAUAAACAAAUUUUGAACUCCAAGAAGCAGUCCUAUGCAGAGUUAGCGAGACAGGUGAAUGCCAACAAGGUGGAGAUUGACAAGACACGAGAACGAUUGGAAAAGUAUCGCAUGGAAAGAGAAGAUAAUGGACCACAAUAUAACGAGGAGGGCGAUGUCAUUAUCAGCGAAGAAGAGUUCUUUGAGAUCAAGCGUCUCAAAGAUUGUAAACUGCAAUACAAAAAUGAUUUUGAGGAACUGAAAAAUUUGAAGGCAGAAGUACAGUAUUGCCAGAAGCUGGUGGAACAGUGCCGACAACGCUUGGUACAUGAAUUUGACAAUUGGUAUUCUGAGAGUUUUGUUGGACCAUCUGAUGAGGCACAGACAAGCAUAGCCCAAGGUCAUGGGGUCCGACCCGGAGUACAGCUACCAUUUAAUCCAAAUACAAUCCCUGAAGAUGAACAUGAGAAGUUUGACCGCCUCCAGAUGGAACUGCUGAUGAAUAACCCAGACUCUGCAGCCUUCUAUAAUGCUCAGAUGAGGACUCAGCGAAGAAAAACUUACGAAACUGCGAUGUCACAGCCACAACCAAGCUUCAGGAAAUCUCCGGGCACUCCUACUAUGUCAAUACGGAAUAAACCACCAAACAUGUUACAAGUAUCAAUGGGCUAAAGAUGUAUCAACUCCUGUG